GAAGAAAAAUGCUGUCUUUUGGAGGAGCAUCUCCAGCUCCUUUGGCCUACUCUUACUCCCUCCUCUCUCUCCCUCCUUUGAAAAUCUUGAACCCUAAUCCAAGCUCCAACCUUUUGAGCCCUAACUGCAUCCCUUUCUCUGGCGCCAUCUCUUCUGGUCCUCCUCCUCCGGUGAGCACCGUGCUGAGCAAGAGAAAGAGGUAUAGGAAGACAUGCCCUGGCGAAGCUGAGGGUAUCGCUCAGGAGAUGAGGUUCGUCGCUAUGAGGCUUCGGAAUAGCCAGUCUAGCACUGAUGACGACGGCGGAGAUUUGUGGCAGCCGAGCUUGGAUGGAUUCUUGAAGUACUUGGUUGAUAGCAAGCUCGUCUUUGAUACCGUUGAGCGCAUCGUCGAUGAGUCCGCAGAUGUUUCCUAUGCCUAUUUUAGAAAAACUGGCUUGGAGCGGUCAUCUGGUUUAUCUAAAGAUUUAGAGUGGUUUAGCCAACAAGGUCCUGUUAUUCCAGAACAAAGUUCUCCUGGGAUUGCCUAUGCUCGUUACCUUGAGGAAUUAGCCGAAAAAAGUGGGCCGUCAUUCUUGUGCCAUUUUUACAACAUUUAUUUUGCACAUAUUGCAGGUGGCCAGGUCAUUGGGAAACAGGCUUGUGAGAAGCUUUCAGUAGGAAAAGAACUUGAAUUUCACAAAUGGCAAGGGGAUGUUCAAGAGCUGUUGAAAGAUGCUAGAGAAAAGCUAAACAAGCUUGGCGAGUAUUGGACUCGAUAUGAAAAGAACCGAUGCCUAAGAGAAGCCGCAAAAUCAUUCAAGUUUUCAGGGCAAAUUGUCCGCUUGAUCAUUUUGUAGCAAAUUUUAUUUGAAUCCCCAUUGAGACGAGGAGUGGGCAUGCAUAAUCCCUGCAGCUAUAAUAAUAUUGCAAUUAGACAAAAGAGAUGCUUGUGUGAAGCUGCAAAAUCACUCAUCUGUUCGAGAAUUCGAAGAACAGCAACAUCACUCUAAUAUCCAGGAAAUUAUGAUUAUGAGCCUGAGUUUAUGCUUGCUCUUGUAAAGUUUGUCUGUGUUCGCAAACAAAUUUCACUUACACAUGCAAAUGGAUGACUGAAAAUGAAGCAAGCAUUGCAAUUUUUGUACUUCCAUUGAAAAUUGCUUUCAUUCUUGUGAUACAUGAAAUUUAGAUCCGGAGAAAUCACAAUUCUCAACUA